UCGCUUCGAGCAAGCACAUACGCUGCGUUGAAUCGAUAUAGAACAGAACGCCGGUCAAAAGUAAACCAUACAAUAUUAUAGUUGUGCAAAGACUGAGUACAUUGUCAUUGGACGUUUUGUGACAAAGGAGAGAACAAUUGAGAGUGUAAUAAUUGAAUAUAUUUUGAAAUUUAUUUUUAUUUGGUGAACAGACAAAAAUGGUUCGAAUCGUAAGUCAGGGAUUUAGCACCCCCAGGAGUCGGCAUAGCUCGGGUGAAGAUAUGAUAGAAAGGUUUGCGGCUUUAAAGUCGUCUACAUCAGCGCUCAGUGACGACGAAAAACUGUCGGUUCGUGAGGACUUUUCGCCGAAAAGUUUAGUGAUUGAUUGUAAUACUGACACCAACGACUCAUUCAGCGGUGUGGAUUCCGACAACGACAGCAGAGGUUUUAGCCGAGACCGAGAAAACAACAAUGAACAACCAUACCCGGAACCCUCCCUGGUGAAAAAAGAGCGACGUCGCGAGCGUAACAAGGUGUCCGCCCAGAAUUACCGCCAACGUCGACGUCAGCAGGUCUCGGCUGCUCAGAAGACACUUGAAACACUCGAGGUCCGCAACAAGAAUCUGCUCGAUACCGUCAGACAACUCGAGGCCGAAAAACACAUCGUGGAAGAGUAUCUGAAGAACUGUGUUCGCAUGCCCUGGUGUCCCUUCCACCAGACCGGAAGCGUCCCAAGCUCGCUGCGUUCCACGCCCACCAUUCCCGAGGACCCUUCAGAUCUCACGUAUACAACGGGAUCAUCGACGGGUAUUAUCAAUUCGACCGAGUCAACUAUUGUCCCUACGGGCUCCUCUGAUAUUCGACCCACGCAAUCUCCUCCGCGCAAUGGCGCCACGCCAAUCUCCUUAACAGCACCGUGCUGUGGCGGGGCUUGUAACCACCCGCAGCAGGCGGCACUGGAUAACUGUCGUCCCAUGGCGAUGGCGACGCGUGACGACAACGACAACAACAACAACGAGUUUAACGGGAACCGGAACGUGCCCGUGUUUAUGCAAGGGUUUUCCAUGAUGAUGAAAGAAAGUUCGGCAUCGUGAGACCCCCAUAUCUCACGUCGGUAGCCAACUUUCGCUCGAGUAAGACGUCAGGCAUUUGACCGGAAAUGACUUUGACACUGCGGCAAUCGCAAUGUGUUUAAAUGGGCAUUAAUGAAAGGUCAGCGGUCGUAUGACGCAUGGUAACAUUUCAAACAUGUAUUCAGUUCAUGUUAUGUGUUGAAGUUCAUAUAGUCGUUGUUAUAAAGAUUUAGUCAUCAUUCUACAUGUUAACAUGGAAGACGCUGAUGAUUGUGCCUGAAUACCACAUUUGCAAGUAUCAGAGCGGGUUUGAUAGAUCAGGGAACUUUUCUACAAAGUAGUUUUUAUAUGCUUUUUUACCAUGUAGAUUUCGCAUUUUUUAAACUAAUAGCUGGUAAAAAACAAUGUUUUUUCAAUGCAAUUUGUAUGCUUCAUAUUGUUGUGCAUGUACUCAAAUGCUUGGUGAUGGUCCAAUAAUUUUACAAGCAAAAAAUGCGAAAAGCGUUGAUGAAAUAUUGGAACCGUGAAAUAUUUGCGUUGAAAAUUGUAUGUUUAAGUUAAGAGAAAAUGUAACCAGUCAUAACGAAGUCGCACUUGCCUUGGAUGGAAUUAUGUUAAAAUCAUAAAUGGACUAUUGAAAUCCACAUGUUCAGGGGCAGUAACACCAAAACAUCUUUACAGAUACUAGUAUCCUUAGACUUAAGGUCAUUUCUUUGCUUUUUAAAACAGGGUUAUUCAUUUUAAAGUGUGCAGGAAUGGUCAUGUUACUAAUAACUACUGUAUUUUUAUUCAUGAAUCCAUAUGUUAAUAAAAACAUGAAACAAUUCAUAAUUUGAAAGAACCCAUGUCUAAUGUUUCUAAAAUAUGCUAGCCCCCAAGUAAAUUAGCAAGAUAUUCUUAGACCUUAAAUAACAGUUUGUGAUCAGAAUAUUUUUUAGUUAAUAUCAUAACUUGUUUUGACAGAAUUGUACGCCUUUGUCAUCACCUACAUUUUUGUGUAUUAUGAUUUUCACAUAAGAAUGCAAUAUUGUCAUUCUUGUUUUUUUUAGCUCGUCUGAGCAUAACUUGCUCAUUGUGAGCUUUUGGGACCGCCUUUGUGCUUCGUCAAUCUUUGUGCGUAGUCCAUCAUCAAUAUUUACCUAUUUACCUCUUUAUGGGCCACAUUUUUUGCCCACCUUCAUGAAACUUGGUCAGAACAUUUGUCUAAAUGAUACCUAAGCCGAGUUCUAAACUGGGUCACAUGAGAUCAAAAACUGUGUCACCAUGUUAAUUAAAAAAAGUUUUGUUAACAUUCUUAGAAGUCGCAUUUUGUCCAAUCUUCAUCAAACUUGAUCAGAACUUUUUUUUCUAAUAUUAAGAUUCGUCAGCAUAGUUCGAAAAUAGUACCGGUCCGUUGUAAAAUAUGACCACCAGCAUUGUUAAAACUCUAGAAGUCACAUUGUUUUGUCCAGUGCUCACGAAACUUAGUCAGAACAUCUGUCCUACUGAUAUCUCGCAUGAGUUUAAAACUGGCUAUGAAGGGGAAACAAACUAAGCCACU